AUGGCAGACGUCGAAAUGACAGACGCAGCGGGCCCCUCAGCUCCGGCAAAGGCAAAAGCAGCAGGAACCAAGGUUGCAAAGUCAGGUGGGGCAGAUAUGAGCGCAGAAGGCAAGAAGAGAUUUGAGGUGAAAAAGUGGAAUGCAGUAGCUCUAUGGGCAUGGGAUAUCGUGGUGGACAACUGCGCUAUUUGCCGAAACCACAUCAUGGACCUAUGUGAGUAA